GCUUCCCCUUUUCACAAAGGGCAUCUUAGUUGUGCCUCUAGGGAACCCAGGCCCAUGACUGUCUGGGUUAAGUGCCCGGCUUGGUCCCGGUCCCAGGCCUGCAUCCUUCGUAGAGAGACUGCCUUGGCCAUGCUGACUAGCAGGUUGAGAAAGUCAGGGUGUCUGCCGGGGCCUGCACCCCUCACCUUCUCUCCCCUUCCCUCUACUUCCAUCCCUGUCUCGUCCUCCAGGUGGGAAACACAAGGUGCGAGGUGACAUCAAUGUGCUGCUGUGUGGAGACCCGGGCACGGCCAAGUCUCAGUUCCUCAAGUACAUAGAGAAGGUGUCCAGCCGGGCCAUCUUCACCACGGGCCAGGGCGCCUCGGCAGUUGGGCUCACGGCCUACGUGCAGCGGCAUCCGGUCAGCAGGGAGUGGACCCUGGAGGCUGGGGCGCUGGUUCUGGCUGACCGGGGUGUGUGUCUCAUCGACGAGUUCGACAAGAUGAACGACCAGGACAGGACUAGCAUCCACGAGGCCAUGGAGCAGCAGAGCAUCUCCAUCUCCAAGGCUGGCAUCGUCACCUCCCUGCAGGCCCGCUGCACCGUCAUUGCAGCCGCCAACCCCAUAGGGGGACGCUACGACCCUUCGCUGACCUUCUCAGAGAACGUGGACCUCACGGAGCCCAUCAUUUCCCGCUUCGACAUCCUGUGUGUGGUGAGGGACACUGUGGACCCUGUGCAGGAUGAGAUGCUGGCCCGCUUUGUGGUUGGCAGCCAUGUGCGACACCACCCCAGCAACAAGGACGAGGAGGGAUUGGCUGGCAGUGCCCAGGAGCCUGCUAUGCCCAACACGUACAACGUGGAGCCACUGCCACAGGAGGUGCUGAAGAAGUACAUCAUCUAUGCCAAGGAGAGGGUCCACCCAAAGCUCAACCAGAUGGACCAGGACAAGGUGGCCAAGAUGUACAGUGACCUGCGGAAGGAGUCCAUGGUGAGGGCCUGGGCAGCCUGGGCAGGCUUGAGGGGUCAGUCCCCAAAGCACUAGGAGACUUCCGGGUUGAGGGGGUGGCUCAGCAGUAGAGCACUUAUCUACCUUACACUAGGCUGGGGUUCCAUCCUCAGCACCACUGAGAAAAGAUAACUUCUGUACUACAAGCAUUUUGUCACAGAUGGAACUUUACGUGCAUUCAUCCCAUCUUGUCAUCCUCAGAUGAAGUUCCUUAGUGACUUCAUAAACUCUCAGCCAGAUGAACUCUGGGUCUGAACUCUUUGGUUCAUCACAGUGGGACAGGGCCUCCCAGCAGCCCUCGGGCAGUCGGCACCCAGAGUCCUCGUAGAAGCCUCUGUCACCCACUCCAGAUCAUGACAUCGAAUGUUUUGUUUUCGUUUGUGCCUUUUAACUGUACCAGAGCAUUCACCUUAGUGUUCAUAGAAAUAACACUGUUUUCUUAUUUAUGUUGCUGUGGAUUCUGCAACUAUGAUUUGUGACAGUAACCAGCAGAGCUGGCUGUAAGUACAGCAGACCUUGAGCUGCAAGCCAGCUGGGUGUCCUGGUGACACUGACACUGCAGGUGUCCUGGGGACACAUUGUAGUCCUCAGCCUC